AUGGGAGACAACAUCUUCACCGAACGCGAGCAGAAGCUCAGUAAGUCAUGCAUGCACGCCGUCGAAUGUGUGCACGUCGGAGCUGACGGGGUUUCCAGUGUCUUACGCCUGGCGCUGCUUCGAGGGCGAGCCCAAGGUCGACUAUCAGCAGCUCGCCAACCUUGCCGGCAUGAGCAACCCGCGCAGCGCUGCCAAUGCCUGGGCCGUCAUCAAGAAGAAGCUCGCCGCGCAGGCCGAUGCCAACGGCGGCGACAACAGCAGCGGCGCUGCCACCCCAUCCAAGGCCAAGGCCACCCCGAAGAAGCGUGGCAAGAAGGCCGCCGACGAGGGAGGCGAUGAUGACGAGGAGGCUACUCCAGUCGCCAAGGUACGAUCCAUCACGCACAAAGGCAUCUUCACACAUCACUGACGGGUUCUUUCCAGAAGGUUAAGACGCCCAGGAGCGGCCGCAAGGCCAAGGCGAGCGAGACUCCAGAGGAGGCGGACGACACCGGCCUCGUGAAGGAGGAGAGCGACGAGGAGAAUGGCGCCCUUCUCUAG